ACGUUCUACUCCGGCGUCGGAUUUCGGCCGGAAGUGAUGUAGAGACCGCCGGAGGUGUCGUCGGUUCGUUCUGCGACUGGGGUUGAUCGUGGUGUGGGGCCUGCGUCCGGAGAUUUGCCGCUAUGUCAAUCGAAAUCGAGUCUUCAGAUGUGAUCCGUCUUAUUAUGCAGUACCUGAAGGAGAACAGUUUACAUCGGGCAUUGGCUACCUUACAGGAAGAAACUACUGUGUCUCUGAAUACUGUGGACAGUAUUGAAAGUUUUGUGGCUGACAUUAAUAGUGGCCAUUGGGAUACUGUUUUACAGGCUAUACAAUCACUGAAAUUGCCAGACAAAACCCUUAUUGAUCUCUAUGAACAGGUUGUUUUGGAGUUGAUUGAGCUCCGUGAAUUGGGUGCUGCCAGGUCACUUCUGAGACAGACCGACCCCAUGAUCAUGUUAAAACAAACACAACCAGAGCGGUAUAUUCAUCUGGAGAACCUCCUGGCGAGGUCUUAUUUUGAUCCUCGUGAGGCAUACCCAGAUGGAAGUAGCAAAGAGAAAAGAAGAGCAGCAAUUGCCCAGGCCUUAGCUGGGGAAGUCAGUGUAGUGCCUCCAUCUCGUCUCAUGGCAUUGCUGGGACAGGCACUGAAGUGGCAACAGCACCAGGGGUUGCUUCCUCCUGGUAUGACCAUAGAUUUGUUUCGAGGCAAAGCUGCGGUCAAAGAUGUGGAAGAAGAAAAGUUUCCUACACAGCUGAGCAGGCAUAUUAAGUUUGGUCAGAAAUCUCAUGUGGAGUGUGCACGAUUUUCUCCAGAUGGUCAAUAUCUGGUCACUGGGUCUGUUGAUGGAUUCAUUGAAGUAUGGAACUUUACUACUGGAAAAAUCAGGAAGGAUCUUAAGUACCAGGCCCAGGAUAACUUCAUGAUGAUGGAUGAUGCUGUUCUCUGCAUGUGUUUCAGCAGAGAUACAGAAAUGUUAGCAACUGGUGCCCAAGAUGGAAAAAUCAAGGUCUGGAAAAUUCAGAGUGGACAGUGUUUAAGGAGAUUUGAAAGGGCACACAGUAAAGGUGUCACCUGUCUGAGCUUUUCUAAGGACAGCAGUCAGAUCCUUAGUGCUUCCUUUGACCAGACAAUUAGAAUUCAUGGUUUAAAAUCUGGGAAAACCCUGAAGGAAUUUCGUGGUCAUUCCUCCUUUGUUAAUGAAGCAACAUUUACACAAGAUGGACAUUAUAUUAUUAGUGCAUCCUCUGAUGGCACUGUAAAGAUCUGGAAUAUGAAGACCACAGAAUGUUCAAAUACCUUUAAAUCCCUGGGCAGCACUGCAGGGACUGACAUUACUGUCAACAGUGUGAUUUUGCUUCCUAAAAACCCAGAGCACUUUGUGGUGUGCAACAGAUCGAACACAGUGGUCAUCAUGAACAUGCAGGGGCAGAUUGUCAGAAGCUUUAGCUCUGGUAAAAGAGAAGGUGGUGACUUUGUGUGCUGUGCCCUGUCUCCUCGUGGUGAAUGGAUCUACUGCGUGGGAGAGGACUUUGUGCUCUACUGUUUCAGCACAGUCACUGGCAAGCUGGAGAGAACUUUGACAGUUCACGAAAAGGAUGUGAUUGGUAUUGCACAUCAUCCUCAUCAGAACCUCAUUGCUACCUACAGUGAAGAUGGACUCUUAAAGCUCUGGAAACCCUAAUUCAACUUUUCUUUUAGAAAAAGAAAAAGCUGAAAGCAUGUACUUAAAUGAAGACAUACUCAUAUGUAUGUUGCUGUUUUUUUUUUAAGGCCAGCUUUUCUAAGCAAAAAUAUUGUCUGAUUAGCCAUAAGAAUAAUUUUGUGAAACUUCAUGUUUAGCAGUUACCUUUCUUAAAAUAAUUCUUUGGGCCAGGGAUUUAGCUCAGUGGUUCUGCCACUUGCCUCACAAGCGCAAGGACCAGAGUUCGAUCUCUGGUACCAAAAAAAAAACCCAACUUUUUAAAUGUAUUUGUUUUCUUUUGCUUUGCCAGUGCCAGGAAUAGCACCCAGGGCCUCACACACAUUAGGCAAAUGCCCUUUGAGCUAUAGCCCCAGCCCAUAGUCUGUCUGCUUCCAACAGGACCAGUCACUUAAAUGUUUUCAUCAUUCUUUCCUGGAGAGUGAAGUACUGGUAUUUUUUUUUUAAAUUCCUUUUGAUUAUUUGAAAUGGUUAAAAUUUGCCUGUCAUAAAACUUGUAAAUAAGUGCCCAGAAUUCAGUAGCUAUGUCCCCGCCCACCCAUUUUUCAAGAUGUUAAUAAACUUUACACCUUUCUGGAGAUUGCAAAUAA